UGAAUUUCGCGUGCGGCAGUUUCAAAAUCGCUGUGUUAUGACAGUCUUUGAACAGGAUUCACUUUCACAUAGUGUUCAUUACAAGCUGUUAUUCCAGCAUAAAUGGCGUGUUAAGUCCGGAAACACCAUAAGAUUGAGCGUGUGCGUGAUCGGAAGCAAUGUCCAUGUCUUCUGUUACGACACAACACUCCAGGUCCUUGUGCGUUUUCAUGACUAUUGUUCCUGGGGCAUAUAUGGUCAUGUUGCGUUUAGCCUCCACAUCGCCUACGACAGGUGCUGAGUUUAUUGUCUCCAAAGCAUCUGAAGGCCGGCCAGGAACAACGGCGUCGAUGUUCGCAAAGGACGACAACAAUGAUAGCCCAGCGGUACGUGCAAGUUAUAAGAUUGUGCUUAAUAUAGCAAGAGCUGGAAAACCAUUUGCUGAAGAAGAAGAGGUUUACGCUGAUUUACUGUGGAGUACAAAAGGCAGUUGCACUGUGGAUCACGGGACUCUGCAAGUUACAAGAGACAUACUGCUCGCUAUGCGUACGACUGAACAUCCUGCAGCAUUCAGAGCCACAAACCGUAAGCUGUCACUUCACAUUUCAGUAGCAUUUAUUACAGAGGAUUGGGCAUAGCUAGUCAUCACGUGAAACACCAACUUUGCUUGGUCUGUGCUACAACAUCUAACAGUCUUAAUUUGACUGUGCUACAAUAUAAAGUGAACUCUGUGUAGGGAA